GCGGGGUUUGUUUUCCGCUCCCGCUCGGCCGCGGGCGUGAGGGCGGUCACGUGAGGCGCGCGCCAUGGCGGCUCCGGCGGACGGCACCGACCUGGAGGCCUCGCUGCUGAGCUUCGAGAAGCUGGACCGCGCCUCCCCGGACCUGUGGCCCGAGCAGCUGCCCGGCGUUGCCGAGUUCGCCGCCUCCUUCAAAAGCCCAAUUACAAGUUCUCCUCCCAAGUGGAUGGCUGAAUUAGAAAAUGAUGAUAUUGAUAUGCUGAAGGAGCUGGGGAGCCUUACUACAGCUAAUCUGAUGGAAAAAGUUCGUGGCCUGCAGAACCUGGCUUAUCAGCUGGGACUGGAUGAAUCCAGAGAAAUGACUCGAGGGAAAUUCCUGAACAUCCUGGAGAAACCCAAAAAGUAGCUACAUCUAACAUUUGGAUGAAAAUACCCCAACUAAGUCAUUUCAUGUACUGCAGAUCCAGAUGAAGCCCAGAAAGUCUAAGAAGAACAAAGCUCUUGCCCUACACCUUCAGAAGCAAGCAUUUCUUUUUGCUUCCACAGCUCAUCUCUUUAUGGGGGAAAUGUACAAUAUGCACAGGUCACAAGGACUGCAGUUGGUUGCAUUGGAAUUCAGACUUCAUCUGCUCAUCCAGACUUCAUCUGGAUGUCCACCAGGAGGACUUGGCCCUGACAUGCUGUGACACAGUUACCUGUUUCAGUCAGCAGUUCAAAGUGAACAGCCAGUGUCCUUACUCAGCUGCUCUCAGGGGCAGCCUGUUUGAGGUACACAGCAGAUCUGACCCUGGCCAGUGUCCACCAUGAGGCCUUGACCCUUUGGCGUGUCUUUGGUCUGAGAUUGGUUUCCUGUGUGCGACGCCUGUGCUGAAGGAUUUGAGCGUAGUUUGGGGUGUGGAUUGGCCAGGAGCACUGGCUCAGCAGGAGCACAUGCUUUUAGUGUAGAAGCCAAGUGCAGUCUCUGCAUUAGAUUCCAGUUGCCCACUGCCUUCAGAGAAGCACAUCUGGUACCCCGAGGAAGAGCUCCAGACCUCCGGUGUGCCUGGAGCUUCAUUUCACCUCUGAGUGGUUCUCUAAGUGAAAUUGAAACUCACAGACCGGGGGGAGUGAGAAGUGUUACUGUGUCUCCAGGAAGGUAUCCUCGCUGAAGCUUUGGCCAGUACACAAAGAAACAGCUUUGUCAGUCCUCUGCAAUUCUUUGCUUCUUGCAGGGCUAGAAACUGGAAAGAGUUCUAAAGUUGAAAGAUGGUAAUGUUUUAAGUUAUCACUCCAAGAAGUGGCAUCAGGACUGUUAGCCAUAUUGUGAAAAAGGUCGGUCUAUAUAAGAUCUCAAUGUUUCUGAAAAUAAUGUUUUGUGGUAUUUUUAAUUGCUUAACAACCAGCAACUCAAAAUUUUCUUCUCCUACAACCCCAGAAUUUUUAAGAUAGAAACUUCUGUGAGCUGCUCCCUUUCAGAACACUGUGAUUACAGUUUAAUGCCUUUUUUCUUCUGUUCAUGCACUUCUACAUAUUCAGCCCUUGGAAGAGGUAUAGAGCAUGUUCAGACUUUUUGUUUUAUUUAAGGGAAAUUUUGUUUUCAUUUCAUCCUCUUUCCUUUUCCUAGAAAAAAACAUUUUAAGCAUUAGUAAAUAUGUUCUUUUUUAGGAUACAACAUAAUGUUGAAACAUAACAUAACGUUAUUUUUACCAUGCAGACUUUUCAAAAUGUGUCAUUUCUCAGGCUGUAGUCACAUAUGAGAGGAGAAAUUGUUUGGAAAUAUUACAUGUAACAGGCUGUCCUUACAGCACUGCAUUUUUCUGGCUUUGCAGAGAGAGGAGACUCUUUUUGGGUGUGCAAUAAAGAGGGGGAGAUUUUUUUGAUAAAAUAGACUUCUGAGUUUUACUGAAUUGCUGGUGACCCUUUGGUUUGCAGUCUGUGGUUUUUGGUUAAUGUCCAUCAGAACUAGGCUUAUUUUGAACAGCUCUGGUUAACUAAGUUUAAGUAGUUAAAUUCUACAUCCUGGAAAGACACUGCACAAAUUUAGAAAUAUCAGGAGCCUGAUUUAAGACUUAACAGAGUUAUUUCUGUCCUUCACAGUUUAUGCGGGGCUGAGCUUAACAGGAACUCCAUCCUUUGAGAACAUGAGAAUUAAGACAGAUGAAUGAAAAGAGAAGCUGAAAGUGGUAGUUCAGGAACAGAAAAAAACCCUAUGGUGCAAACUGAUGUUGAUGUAGCUUUAAGCAUUGAAUUAUAGAUUUGGAAUGCAAAUUUAGGUUUGUAUACUAUAUAUGUAAUAUAUGUACACAUAUAUGACAUAAUGGGAUACUUCAUCUGUAUCACCAGUAUUUUAUAGAGGUUUCUUGGUCCAACACAUUAAGGAAUUGAGAUCUGAAAGGAGGAUAAAGGAAAAUAUAUGAAAGCCUGUCCUGGAAGUAUAUGUGUAUUUUCUGAUAUGUGCAGUAAGAAAUUUCAAACUCUAGGUGGUUUUUAGUAACAUACAUAUGUUUAAAAAAAAAAACCAAACAACAAGAUGAAAAAAUCUCCUUUUGUUAUACACAGUAAUCAACUUCUGUAGGGAUGCCAUUAACAUAUGCUUUAGAAUUGUGAUAUUUUUUUGAUUUUUUUACUUAUCAUCUGUAAAGGUGAGUCAAUGAUGUUAUUUUUUAUUGACAAUAUUGAUAUGUAUUUUUGUGUGUUAGCCAGAGAAGUUUUUUCUGUCUGUUAUUGCUUUUUGGCUUAAUAAUAUGCAAAUGCAAAUCUCAGAGGUUUGUUUGGGUUUCCAAAAUAGCCCUCUGAGAUGCAAAAGCUUUUCCUUGGCCACUUAGGCAAUACUACUCUUCAGGCUUUUCUUAUCUGCAUGACACCACCUCAGGGUUUGGGCUGUGGAUGUUCCAUUCCCAUCAGUAAAUAAAUAUUUGUCAAUAUACAAAUGCUACUAAGGGGUUUUGUACCCUUUUGAACCCAAUUUUUUCCUUCAGUGCUAUCCUUCCUGACAUCCAUGCAGUUAUCUAUCUGUACAAGAAAAUCUGAGUGACUUUUUGUUACUGAUGGGAAUGAAGAGUGUAAGAAAAUCAAGAUUUGGUAAUAUUAAUCAAGCUGAUGCAUUGUUUUAUAAAAUGUUUUCAUGUAUUGGUAUAUUAGAUGUUACUCUGAGUUUCUUAGAAGUCAACUCAAUAUUUAUUUGGUUCCUUUUAAAUGCCAGUGUUACACACAUUCAGUUAUAAAGGCUGUUCACUUUGGUCUUGGAUUAUCAAAUGCUUUGCUAUCUAAUCCAUCUGAGAAGAAAUUCUUGUUUGUUAUGUUAAUCAUUAUGAAAAUAAAAGUCUGUGUACACUGGCAAUUGAAUAACGUGAUAUUCCAUUAAACUCUGUGUUUUGCUGUUACAAAAUCAACAAUCUUGUAACAGUCCUGUAACUCACAGUUCUCAACUUUGAUUAAUAUUUCCCUCAAAAAGAUACCUAGGAAUGACAGAUUAGUGAAAAUUGCUUGGAGAUAACAUUUGAACCUUAUUCUGGUUUUACUGAUUUUUAUGUUACGUAAAAAUGCAAGGUGCUGUUACAAGUCAAAUCACAAGCCAGUCUUAUCUGUAAUCUUCUCUUUGCUUAUAAGCAGUUGUAGAAGGAUAGGGAAGGAUAUAAACAAAAGGCUUACACAGUGAUUUUGUAUUAGGGUAACUUACACAGUCUCCAGCAAUCUGUUUUAGUUGAAUCUGGUCCACAGUAGACCCUACCCUCCAUAAAUUUGUCUUAGUCCUAAUUUUUCUGUACUUCUGACCUGAAAAAUGCCCCAGGAUAGUGAGUUCCAUAAUUCAGUUAUACAAAGA